AUGAUUCGUAAAAAAAGUCUAGCUGACAGCGCUAUUCAUCACUUCAAAGGAUUCCUCCUUCUCUUAAAUGAUUAUUCUUCAGAAAUGAAACAACCAAAAAAAUUAUUGAAAUCUGAAAGAGUUAGGAAAAUCUCAUAUAUCUUUUUCAUCAAUGCGAUUACCCGAUUGCUAGAAUUCCAUAAAUUUUGUAUUUAUUUGAUUUCCAGCGGAUUGGAAGCGUGGAAAGAAAUCCAAAAAACUUUCAAAAAUUCCCUCUCCACAAAAAGCACCAUAAUCAAAAAUGUACUCGGUAUUAUUUUCCAAGCGGAAAUUCUUAAAAAGAUGAAAACUACGCCAGUGUUCGAGAAAAGCGGCUUAAAGCACUCAGAGAAUAGGUCAUUUGUUGUUAUCACUGUGCACUCCAUUAUGUCUACGAAGGACAGCAUUUAA